UUAGCGCGUAGUUUGCACUUGCCAGCCGAGUAGCCGAGUCGCCAAAUCACCGAAUCGCCGAAUCACCGAGAUUGAGUCGCCAAUUGAGAUGUUUCAGCUGGAGAAGAUCUGCAUCCUGCUGUGCCUGACCCUCGUCGGCGUCCUUGGCUUCGGCCAGUUCCACAUGAAGCACUACCAGCUGCAGCGCAACUACAACACGCAGGAGGACUCCUCAGAAAACGACAACAGUGUGCUAAGAUCCUUCCGCCGGUGCAUGUGGGAGCAGUCGAAGUUCCUGCCGCGCCGCCUCGUCCUUUUGAGCUUGUGCUCGAACCUCUUCUGCGAGAACAACCACAUAAUGCCUCGCUCCAGGUCUAUUUUCGUAGUGGAAAAAAUGUCUAGGCCGAAUGACUGCCUGGACAUCCUGCCGGAGCAGUGCGAGCAGGGCGACGAGGAGGAGCUGAUGUACAAGCCCUUCCCCGACUGCUGUCCCGUCUACUGCAACUUGAAGCGGCGCAUGCAGCGCCUGCGCACCAUGCACUUCCGCCACCGCCUGUUGCGCAACAAGCAGGACGGCUCCUCGGGAUCCAGUGGCUCCGGAUCCACUGGUGGCGACGGCCCCAACAACUCGCUCCUCAGCGAGUUCGUCUACAACAACUACUAGGCGAUGGAAGAGUGAAUUCGAAGCAGAACAUCGCUCCAAAUCGAAUUAAUCUGCGAUUUGAAAGCGAGUACCUCUGCUACAGAGACACACUGGGAGAAAAGUGCACCCAAAAGCUUUCCCUUCGGAGUUUAUUAAUCUCAAAAUAUAGGCUUACAAGUAGGAUUACAUAUGUGUAACCUGGGCGGUGGAAUGAUUAUGUUGUACUCCUUAAAUAUAUAAGAACGAACAUGUUAACUUUUCUCGUUUUUGCUGGCUUGAGAUUGCAUUAAUCUGGAAAUAUAGAUCUUUAUAAUCGGAAA